AAUUAACUUUCAAAAUGGUAUUCGGAUUUGGUGACAACGACAACGACAAGAACGACAGAUCUUCUUCUAGAGACAGAUCUUCUUCGAGAGACAGAUCUUCCUCUAGAGAUAACAACAACUCGUACGGUUCUUCUAACUCCAGAGACAACGACAACUCCUAUGGUUCUAAAGGAAACAGCGACUCUUAUGGUUCUGGAAACAGUGGUUCUUACGGUUCUGGAAACAGCGACUCUUACGGUUCUGGAAACACUGACUCGUAUGGUUCUGGAAACAGUGAUUCGUACGGAAGCUCUAGAGGUGGAAACGAUGAUUCUUAUGGUUCUAAAGGAACACUGACUCUUACGGUUCUGGAAACAGUGACUCUUACGGUUCUGGAAACACUGACUCUUAUGGUUCUGGAAACAGCGACUCUUAUGGUUCUUCCAAACGUGACAACGACAACUCGUAUGGUUCUUCUAACCGUGACAACGAAGACUCAUACGGCUCUUCUAGAGGCGGUAAUGACGACUCGUACGGCUCUUCUAGAGGUGGAGACUCUUAUGGCUCCAACGACAGAGACAGCGACAGAUACUAAUUUUAAUUUUAAGUGUAUUAUGUACCACGUUAUAGCAAUAAAAAAAUUAAAUCA